CACCGGGUCACCGUUCACCUCACGCAAAAUUGCUUUUAACUCAAUAAACGGAUUUAUUUUUCACAUAUUCGGGACUCGUUCCGCCAAUACGUGCAUAUUUCAAGCAACGUUGUAAAGAAAGGAGAACAUAUAUUGAACCUCUGGAAUUGAGUUCAACUCAAAAUAUGCUUAUCGAAAACUAUUACGGUUUUUUUUGAGGGGAUGCUAUUGCGUGCAAUUUUUUCGACCAUGACUGUGCGUGAAUUUGUUUUUUUUCCUCUCGCGUAGAAAUGUGAUUUUCGGCGAGAUACAUAUAUACAUACACAUCAUGCUGUUCUCCAUCAAGUAAUAAAGCCAUUCAUUUCAUGGUCAACAGCAUUGUUAGAAACGUAACAUUCGAAUUUAUUACCUUUUCUGGCUAUAAAUUCCAAAUUUAGUUUUCAGCAGCGCCGCCGUAUGAAGAGAAAAUCGUUCCAAGUAUGGAAAAUAGCUUCAUUACGGUAUUUAUAGUUGGUUGCACUAGUAAUCCUCUCUUUUUUCUCAAAUGAUCACGUUUUUUUUACGCUUGUGUUCAGUGAUAUAUUAUUAAAUUGACUAACAUGAUGACUGACCAAAGGAUUCUUGCUUUUUACUUUGAUCAAAGUACCAACUUUAAAAUCGUUUCGAUUUUUCUAUUUACAGUCGAAAAAAAUUGAAUAAAUCCGUUUGUAAUUAUAGGAAAUGUGAGAUAAUUUUCGACUAUUACUAAUGCUGUGUGACUAUCCUAAUAUUUCAUGGUUGUUAUCGGAUCUGGGACAUUGUUAGCACGAUUGAAAUUUUUGUGAUUCUUCAGACCUUCAAAUCGAAAACGAAAGAAAAAAGCAAAAUUCUAUCGCACAAUCUUAUUCACUUCAUACACGCACAUACCAAUUUGAUAAAACCGUUCUCUUGAUUUUAUACCAAAAUGGAUUUAACGGAUAAGAACUUUAGUCCAAAAAAACUGCCCGACCGUAAAAAGCGUUUGGCCAAAGGAUGCACAACAUUGAUGUAUUCUUGUCAGCAAGGUAAAUCAGAUGAUAUCGUGACCGAGCUGCGGAUCAAGCCCAAAAGUUUGUAUCAACGUGACAAAAGUAACAAAAGUGCUCUUCACUAUUGUUGUGGACAAUUAGAUCUCGUGGCAGCCGCAAGCAUAACCACAGCGGCUCCGGACCUACUGGAGUCAGCUGAUGAGGAUGGUCUUACGCCACUGCAUUUGGCAGUCAUUCAAGGGAAUACUGCAUUGGUCAAUUUACUGAUAGCCAACAAAGCGAAUGUAAAUGCUGUCGAUAACGAGGGCCAUUCGGUUGUACAUUGGGCGGCUGUGUGCGGUGAGGUGGAAGCGUUGCGCGCUUUGUUAGCAGCUGGCAGCGAUAUAACCAUAACCGAUUUGAAUGGUGGUAGUCCGUUACAUUAUGCAGCACAAAUGAGCAAUGGUUCCGGUUACCAGUCGCAUUCGGCCAAUUUAGCAUUAGAAAUUUUGGAAAUAUUUUUGCAACAACCAAACGUUCACGUCGAUGUGUGUGACAGGGAUGGAAGGCAACCACUGUUGUGGGCAGCGUCAGCGGGUGCCGUCAAAGCUGUUUUGAUGCUGGUUAAAGCGGGGGCGCGCGUUGAAAGUGCCGAUAAGGACGGGCUAACCGCUCUACAUUGUGCGGCAUCAAGAGGACACACUGAAUGCAUUAAUGUAUUAAUAAAUUUGUGUGGUGCACCGGUCGAUUUAAUUGAUACGAACGGUUGUACGGCGCUCCAUUAUGCAGUCACACUUGGCCAUGCAGACGCCACGUAUAUGCUGUUGGAUUUAGGCGCGGAUCCAAAUCGACAAGACCGAAAAGGGCGAACCCCAGCCCAUUGUGGGUGCGCAAAAGGUCAAUUCGAAACCGUAAAAUUGCUUCGUGAUCGAAAGGCAAACCUAUGGCUACGUAACGCCAAAGGCGAUUUGCCACUACAUGAAGCGGCCAGUUCGGGUCGACGUGAAUUGGUUCUUUGGUUAUUGGAUCAACGACCGAAACAUGUAAACACAACUAGCAACGAUGGUCGCACCAUUCUACACAUAGCAGCAAGCAAUGAUUAUUCCGAUAUGUGUAAAAUGUUAAUCGACUUUGGCGCCGACAUCAACGCGAUUUUUCGACUUCCAGGAAAUGUCGUUCAAACUCCACUCGACUGUGCGUUGAAUAAAGGUCAUCGAUCGACGGCAAAAUUUUUACAACUUCACGGUGGUCUACCAGCAAAUAAACUGCGCCUAUCGGGACGCAAUCCGAACGCAUUGAAUGAUCAGGAAUUGGUGAAACCGUUGCCAUUAACAUUCAGUGGUGAGAAAAAACGUCCAUCGAAUGCCGCUGAACAACCGAACAAAGCUACUCGCAGCGUUUGGCUAUAUGUUGACCAAUCUGAGUCGGAUGAUGAUGCAGAUGCCGAGAUAAAACCCGAUGAAAAAUACGCGGAGGAAGCAUCGCAAGGGAAAUCACGUUCUCGAAAAUCAUGCGGUUGUCAAUAUCAUUAUCAUCAUCAUUAUCGUCACCGUUGUCGCUUUCGCAGCAACAGUUGCGAACGAAUAGAAAUUUUGCAACGCGAUAGCGGCCCAGACAAUACCAUUUGCCGAUCAAAGAGCAAUGUAGAAAUUUGCCUGUAUCACAAAAAGAAGCCCCGAAUUCGCCGCGAUGCAAAGUCAACAUCAUCGGAGCAUUCGACUAGUGAUGAGGAAAGCGCACACAGCAGCGAACACUGCCAUAGAAGUUAUCGUCGCAAACGAGAUAGCCAUCGAUCGAAAGAUAGAGCAAAAGUCGUUUUGGGCAAAGAAUCAGAUGUAAAAGAAAAGGAAAAGGAAAAAACCACUUUAUCCAUGCAAAUGAGCCAAGAGAAAAAAGAAAAUGGGAAAAAGGACCGUCAGCCAGCAUCCAAAGACAUGAGAGUAGAAAGUGAAAAGGUGGCAAAAACCGUGCAAAGUACUGGAUCUCAGGAUCAGCUCUCGCAAGCGAUGGUGAAAUCUCCGGAGAAAAUCGGUACGGCUGAUGUAGUAAAAGUAGGCAGUCCAUCUCUUGAGAAUGCUGCGAAAAAAUCAAUAGUAACCAUUGCUGAUGUGCACACUCCAUCUGACUCGCAAGAGGCUGCGGUGACAUCGGCACAACCUGAAAUUGCAAAAGUGGUUAGUUCUGAAAGCGUCGGGCCCAAGAUGCAUGAAGCAAAGGAAUCAAAAGAGGUAGAAGCAACUCAACUGCCAUCCGACUCUCAACCAUUACUGCCAUCCGAUCAAAAGAUUCCCGAUGAAAAGAAAUCAAGCGAAUCGAGUGCUGCAAAGCCAACCGAACCGAGUUCAGUACAGGAAGCUAAGCCGGAGCAGUCGAGUGUUGCAACCAUUUCAUCGCCUGAAAAAGAUGCAAAGGAAGGAAAAGAGACAAUGGAAGUGAAAGACGUAAAAGAAGGAGGCCAAAAAACGGCUGAAGAUGCAAAACAAUUGAAAAAAGCAGAGCAGUCCACAGCGAAAAAGGAUCAAGCACUUGCCAUCGAAUCUGCUGCCAGCGCUAAAAAGCCACCGACAGAAGAAAACAAAGAAAGCAAACCGUCUGAAAAGGUGAUUGAAAGCAAAGAUAGUCAGAGUGGCGAUGCCAAGCCUAGUGUUCAAAUCAAUGAUGGCUCCAAUCAAGGCGAGAAGGAAACCGAUACAGCCGAUGAUAAAAAUGCAAAUGUUGAUGCUUCCACAAGUUUUCAAGUUCUUCCAAGUGAAAAUCAACCAAGUGAUAAUUUAAAUCAGGAAUUAGAUGAUACAGGUAAUCUGGGACCGCCAAAACCACCCACAGAAACCAUUCGCAAAACCAGUUUCACGGUACUGAAAAGUGACGAAUCGAUCGAUGAUCUAUUGGCCGGUAUGGAUGAAAACCAAAAUAAAGAGGUGACAAAUGAAGCGGGCGAAAAGACAUUGACACGACCGAAAAGUUUCAAAGUUUUGAAAUCACAUGAUCCCAGCGGUGAAGACAUAAUUUUGCAUCAAAGCAGCGACCAAGAGGUGGGAGGCGAUGCCAAUUUCGAAGAUUAUUUGAAUCGCAAUUUGGCAUAUGGCGGCGGCAAGUAUUCUGACAGCGAGCUCGUAAAAAGUGAUGGGCAAUUCAAUGGUCGUCGAAAGAAAUACAAAAAGAGAGCCAAGAGUGUUAAGCAAUUGACAAUUGUUGAUGGAUUGAGUAAGGAUCAGGAUUCGGGAUUUGAACCGAGUCCAAGGACAUUGCGUUCAUCACAGAAAAAUCUAACAACACGUGCCAUUUAUACGGCCGGUUUAAAUAUGCCAGAAAGACCGAGAGUCGGCGAUACCAUUAUCGAUGGUCGUUCAAUCAGUUCACGUUUUGAUGCACAACGAAAACUUGGCGAUAAAAAUGCUUGCAAUAUGGCGACCGUAUCUCAAACGCUACAACGAAAUAUUCGCAGAUAUUACAUGGAACACAAGAUAUUCCAACAUCUAUUGGAGCUGAAAAGCUUGCAAAUUCGAUCGAGCAAAGUGAAUGAAUCGUUGCUAGUGAAACGAGCCGUUGAUGAUUACCAUAAAUCGACUAUGGAGAUAGGCAGUGAAACGGGUAGCACACUGAGACGCUAUCCAUACAAAGAGUACACAUUCAAGAAUUUCGAAAUCUUCCUAUAUGAAGUGCUGAAAAGCCUACAAAAGAACGGAUCUAAUAAUUUCCAAAACAUUUCCGACGUUUACUUAGAGGCUGAACGAAGACUCAGCCCAGAUUACUCCCGAUGCAAAAAGGCUAUAUACUGUACAAGCAAAACACAUCGUUGUCUUCAUGCGGCCCAUGCAUAUACAGGCAUACCAUGCGCUGCAUAUAUACCGAUGAUGAAUCACCAUACGAUGCCGAAAUAUGGUUUUGGUAAGACGAGCAUGGGAAGUUUUUAUUUGCCGAAAAUUUGCACGAAAGGCGGUGGAAUAAGUGGCAGCGGCAAAUGCGGGAGCGGAAAUUCUUCGCACAACACCGUUUCACUUGAAUUGUCACAUGGGUCACAAAAGCAAUUAAUAACACUGCCAGCAGAAAAAUUAGAUAACAAUAAGCGAUACUAUGUGACAUUCACACUCAAAGAGAAUGAACAAUCAAAGUUCAACGGCGGUAAUGCCAAUGCAACAACAGCAACACCAGCACCAACGACAACGGCCGAUGCAAAAAAAUAAACUCGACCAAUUAACAAAAUGAAACAAUGUUUAAGCACACACACUCUCUCUACAUCAGAUUAUUUUUAACACCAAAACAUAAACACACCCACACAUAUACACACUCACACUCACACCAAAAGUCACUGAGAAAACAAAUUAACACUUAGGCAAUAAAUUUAAACGAAUGUAGAUGUCUAUUUUAUCAGAAAAGAAUGAUUAGUCAAUUUUGACCCAAGAAUAAGAUGUUCUUGACACAACAAGAGCACACAUUUCAUUUGACGAACAAUUUAUGAGCAACAUCCAACAUCAACAACAACAACAAAAAAAGACACAUAAUAUGUUACUUGAAAAAAAUCCAUAUAUUUAUUCUAAACACAAAAUAAUUAUGUUGGAGUAAUAAAAUGAAAAUGAGAAAAAAGCAACAAUUAUGGAGUUUUCAAUUUGUUUUAAAUUAAAUGAUCGCAACGGAGCCAAGAAAAAUUAUUAUUUUUCUAAACACACCACAUGUGAACAAACUAUGAUUGACAUACCCGAAAUUU